AUGUCAAUGACGAAGCGUUUAUCUGGGAAAAGCCUCAGAAUGACGAUAUUGAUGACCAUCAGGAUGAAGGAAUCAUUGAGACAGUUAUCUCUAAGCAGGAUAAAAAUGUCGAAGAACAACUGCUCCCUCAAGAUACGAAAAGUGGGAAAAGAGACUGCAAGAUGGACCAAGCAAGGUCAACAAGAUAGUUCAAGCAGGCUCAUCUAA